CGCUUUGAGUCUUGACAGACCGACAGACAGACAAAUACAAAAGCCAGAAAUAACGAUACACUCUGUGACACCCACAUCCGUCUCAAAGUGACACAUCGCAGGAUCUUAAACGGGUUCAAAAAAAAAGGGAAACAAAGACUUUCAACGGAUUCAUAAUCGCGCAGCCUCGCACUCCAGCGAGUGUGGACCUGUUUGGUUGUUUCGGCGCGCUAAGUAUUCGGCCCCAAGGUUAAUGAGGGAAGAGAGGUUCUAUUUUGGGUGAAUACUGCUAUCCGAGUCCGUCAAUGAUGUGCCCAGACAGAGCAGACAUCGUAUACUGUACUCUGCUCUGCAGCCGGACUGCUCGCUCAGGGCCUAAAAAUACCAGCGGUGGGGGGAAGACAAGUGAUAUGAUGAUAAAUCCAACAUUUGUCCUUGCAGUGUUAGGGCCGAUCAAACAUAAUAUUCACACGGUACUCUCCCGUUCGCUCGGCUGAGAUUUCACUCAGAUAAGCUGUCCCGGGUAGGUCUCAGGAUACAGAACACUGUGUAGCAUGUGCACCGCUGCCCUUUAAGAACAUGUCAAUAUCAGUUGUCUGAAUGCUGCCUCUUUGUGUUUUCCAGACGUGCCUGGCUGUCCUUCGAUGUACCACCAUAACGAGGUCUACCCAAACCACCAGCACAGCAACGAAGGGUAUCUGUUCGAAAAUGACUCCCGCGUGGUCCCAGAGAAGUUUGAAGGCGAGGUGAAGCAGGAGGGGGGCGGGGUCUUCCGCGAGGGCACGCCCUACCAGCGCCGUGGCUCCCUGCAGCUCUGGCAGUUCCUGGUGGCCCUACUGGACGACCCGGGCAACUCCAACUUCAUCGCCUGGACCGGCCGCGGCAUGGAGUUCAAGCUCAUCGAGCCCGAAGAGGUGGCGCGGCUGUGGGGUAUGCAGAAGAACCGUCCGGCCAUGAACUACGACAAGCUGAGCCGUUCUCUGCGCUACUACUACGAGAAGGGCAUCAUGCAGAAGGUCGCCGGGGAGCGCUACGUUUACAAGUUUGUGUGCGAGCCGGAGGCGCUGAUCUCGCUAGCCUUCCCGGACAACCAGCGGCCGAGCCUGAAGGGCGAGUUCGAGCGCUACGUGAACGAGGAGGACACGGUGCCCCUGUCCCACCUGGACGAGGCAACGCCGUACCCCGGCCCGGAGCAGGCUCCCCAAAACAACAUGGGCCCCCAGCAGCCCUACUCCAAAGGCUACAUGUACUAAUCCCCCUCCCCCCCACCCGCUACGCCCCACCCAGGUACCUUCACCGCCCCCCCCCUCCCCUCCCCGCCACUGGCAUCGUCUUCGUUGUCAUCAUCGUACACCACCUUAUCGCCACCCCUGCAGCUGUUGCACAUGCCCCCCCCCCCCCCCCACCUGCUCCGCCCCCACCCACUUGUAUAUAAAGCUAUGGUGAAUUUCUCUUUUUCUUUUGUUCUUGUUUUUAAAUUAAUCACAUUAGGGAUUUUUCUUAUUUUGUAUUUGUUUUGCGUUUUAAGAGCUUCAAUCCAUAAACAUGACUGUGGUUAAGAGAUUGCCUAAUAAAGACCCAUAUUACUACUCUA